CACCGCACAUUGCAUAAUUUGCCAUCGUCCAGUAGCUAUCUGUAGCCUAUAUGCACUCUGUAGAUAACAAAAUAGUUCGGAGUAGGUAUCAUUUUAUUCUUGUCAGUUAUUCCGUGGCCGAAGAUAAACACGAAAGCUCUAGAAAACACAUCUGAUGUGUUAUUGGGAAAAUCUGCAAUCUCUUCCAAACACUGACUCCAGCCGAAAGUCUCAUGACGUGACGUCCUGCGGGGAGGAGACCAACACUUUCCACCGCUCUCUUCUGCAGUAUAAAUACACUCGCGCGCUGUUACAGAGCAUGUGAAGCUGUGAUUCAGCAUCAGAUCGUCUGUCCAGUGACUGCGAGACCUCUCAUCCGCAAACCAGGAUUUUGUGUGAAAUAUUUACUAAAAAAUAAAAAACUAAAGUUUUCUUCAUGGAGAAAGUUUUGAAAUUCUAAAGCUGGAAACACCGACACAAACACGCUCAUACUCUAUUUGAGACUGACUUGGCUCAUUCUUUGCUCUUGGCACUGGUUUGGGCCAUGCCGGACCUAAAGAAGUACCUCACAGAGGGCCUGAUCCAAGUAGAUAUUCUUCUCAGUCUGGCUGGGAUGCGUGUGGACGUGGAUCCCUACCUGCCCCCUUUUAGCGAAAUCAUUCUGGGCCCAAAUUCAGCUCUAACUCGGACUCAAUUCCAUAAUCUUGGAAACAUCCUGGAUGGAUAUAACCUGCACCCUAAAAGUGCAGAUCUGGAUGGGUUCUUCACAGCUCGCAGGCUUCUGAAUUGGGUUCGCUCCCUAGACCGCCUGCAGGUGCCAGCGGCGGAGCUUGAAGCCUGGUUGGUCCACAGGGAGCCUGACAAUGGAGUCUCCAUUCCAGCUCAAGUGGGUCUCCUUGAGGAAGGUGGAGGACUUGAAGAUGUGGAGGAGCCCUCAGAGCUGAGCAUGAGGUUAGGAAGUGGAGGAGAAGUGGGUUAUGACAUGGCUGAGGAUCAAACCCUUGGAGCUUUGGGUCACAUGCCAAGAAGCCUUGACCAUCCAGACGACGAUGAACCCAUUAAAGAGGACGGAGAUGGUUUGUCUUUCUUCUGGGAGCAGGAACCUCAGCAAAAUGUCCACCAGGAGCAGCUAGAAAAUGCAAGAACCCAACCCCUCAGCUUGUUUAAUGAGGAAGAAGAUGAAUUUAUGGUGGAUAGCUGGAGAAAUUCAAAUCCAUUUCACAACCAAAUGUUUGGAGAGGAUCUACAGUUGUCGGGUGUAAGGGACGACGCUUCUCUUUCCAUUGAAGAGUGCUUACAUCUUAUUGAUUCCAACUUCCCCUCAGAAGGAGAUCCAGAGUUGACGGGUCCUGAUGUACAGAAUGUAGGAGAACAUGCACUUUCCGAGUUUCAGAGGCCACUCAUGCCACCCUUGUUGCCUGAACAGGAAUCAACAACUUUAGAGCAACAAUGGCAAGAUGUUCUGGCCAUCAUGGAAUCCCAGGACAUGGAUACAGCUGAAACAAUAGGCGACUCUCCUUUCAGUAACAGUGAUUCAGACAGAAAUACUGGAUUAAUGGAAAACUUUAUUCAUCAGGAUGUUAGCCUUUACCAAGCCACGCUGCCAAGAUCCACGGAAGCACAAAAUAGCAUCACCAUGGAAGAAACCGGUUGCAUUAAAAACAACUCCAUUCCAAACAUAAAUUUGGACACUUCUUCUAAUGCAGAAGCAUUUGAAGACUCUGAUAUCAUAGACCUCCUUCUGGCUACUGGGGCUAGCCUGCCAAUCCCUAUAGAUCCUCUUCUUGAGGAAGCCAUGCUUGAUGAGACUGAACUAAUGGAUUUGGCUCUGGAAGAACUUAGCCAGGUACAGUCUGAAGAGCAAAACCCAAUGGAUUCUGACUCUGGUUUAUCCCUGGAAUACGGUCAAAGCCCUGCCUCUCCUAGUAGAUCUGAAUCUUCCAGUUCCUCCUCAUCUUCUUCAUGUUCUUCAUCCCUGUCCAGCCCAAACCCUAGUUUGAUGCAUUUAGGCGGCUCUGUGGACUACACCCAUAUCAAGGAAGAGGAUGGAGCUGUGGGCGGGUACAUGCCAGAACAAACCAAAAUGUGUCAAUCAAGCUUUUUGGAAGCCAGACAGUUCCAUCAGCUUCCUUGGCUCGAGCACAUCGGACACGAUCAUACCUACAACCAACAUCAAAGCCAGAGGAAACCUCCAGAAGAUCUUUCUGAGGAGACGCCAAAAAACAGAGUGCUGGAUCAUCUUUCCAGCCGGGACGAGAAACGCACACGUUUGAUGGAUAUCCCGUUCUCCAAUGAACGCAUCGUAAACUUACCCGUCGAUGAGUUCAAUCGCUUGCUAGCCAAAUAUCAUCUUAAUGAGGCUCAGCUUACGCUUAUCAGAGACAUUCGCCGCAGGGGUAAAAACAAAAUGGCUGCUCAGAACUGUCGUCGGAGGAAGCUAGAUGUCCUGCUGGAAUUGGAGUGCAAUGUGGAUAGCCUGCGACGCCUCCGGGCCAAACUGCUCAGGGAAAAGUCUGAGAUCUUGCGCUCCAUCAGGGAGAUGAAGCAGCAUCUUAAUAGCUUGUAUCAAGAGGUUUACGAGAGACUAAGCGAGGAACAGGGACUGCUGUACUCUGACAACAACUUUACUUUGCAGCAAGACAGCACCAGCCCUGUAACAUCACAGCGCAGAUCAGAUUCACACUCCAGACGCAAACUUAACAAGAGACAAAAACACAAGAAGUGAGAUGGAGGACUCAUGCUAUGACUAGGCUCAGGAAAAAAGCUCUCUGCUGUGAAGUCCACCUGCUGGUUUUCCACAGUUCAGUGGGAAUUUGCACCAAGUAGGGUAUAUUUACCCAAGUGAUCAUCCUUGAUAAUAUAUUGUACUAUGUAGGCACACAGUAACACAAAGUUUGGAUGUUAAAGGGCCCCAUCAAGUGUUUCCAUGAUCUUUUAUGCUAAUUGCCUUUAUGAACUCUAAAAACCUACUGUAGUGGAUAAAACUGCAGCUUGUGUGCAAGACAAUGCUCGACACAGUUGUCCAUUUCACAUGUACAGAGAAGGUUUCACAGAGGUGAAAAAUUCUCAUUCAAGGAGCCGUUUCACUCAGAUAUACAUCACAAUAGGAAAGAACAGUUGAUUACAACUUCUGUUUCACAUCCAGUUUAUAAACCAAACUGGGCUACAAGAACAUAAGGAGUGUCUGAAAUUGUUCCCAAAGUCAGAAAACCAAAAUAAGUCCAGUGGUAAAUUAUGCUUGGAAUCCAAGCACUGAAACAAAGUUUUAAUGCAUUUUAACUACUGCUAAAGGUCAAACUAUACCGCUUACAGUAGCUAUGUUUCCAUCCACCUAUUUUUAUGCACAUUUUGUAAUAUCGCAUAAAAAGUGCUAGAUGGAAAUGCCAAGAUGCGCAAUGUUCAUAAAUUACAAUGUAAACACAUGUACCGAAUAAAUUUCACCAUGCGUGUCAAAAGAAGUCAUGUGACUUUGCACAAUGGGACGGGAUAACUUGACUAACCAGCAGAUCGUACUCAUUGAACAGCAUUUGAAAUGUUGAUUUGGUCGUUCUGAAAUGCCAGAGCAAAGUCUGUCAUCAAAGUAUUUCUGUAUAAUUGUAUAACACGACUGCAUUCCCAAACAGCAGCAUCCACCUCCGAAAGCAAUACAUAUAUUUAUUGUGUUUCAUCUGCUCGCUCUGAGGCGCAACUUAUUAUAUGAAAAAUAUUAUAUUUAGUGGCUGCGCCUACUUUUUUUUAGUGAUAGGCUAUUUAGUGCCAUUUUAUCAGGAAGUGACGAUUUUGUUCUCUUCGACUCGUUGGAUGGAAACGAUGCUUUAUUUGCAAAUAUGCAAUUUUAUGCGAUAUUCCAGUUUUGUGCAUUAAGUUCAAUUGGAAUCUUUGGAUGGAAACAUAGCUAGUGUGCAUGAUGCAAAGUUUCUUCACCAAAAUAUACUGCACAUACACAAGAAAAACAGUAGACAAUGGACAAAUAUUAAACUUUCAAGAGCGCAUGUGUCCGCCUGCAUUCGUGCAUACUAUCAAAUGGAGUAUAUUUUGAAAGACUGCACAUUCGACUGUACGCAUAUGCUAGCAUACUUGCACAGAUACGAAGUAUACUUUGAGCUUUACUGGUAUAAUAAAAGUGUUGGUUUGCCAUCUCAUUACAGGGAGCACCUGCCAUGUGAGAUUAAUUUUGGAUUAACAUUCACUUAAGACUGUAAAGUAUUUUUGACCCACAAUGUUUUGAACAAACUGGCGUUUUGUCUUUGAGUAUGUGUGGUUUUGUUAGAAUUUGUGUUAGUUUAACAUUAUCCUUUUUUUCUUUUUUUUUUUAAAUACCAGGUCUGAAUUUGAUUUUUGAUGUUUUAAAAAGCCUUGUAAAUAAUCUAAACCUUUUAUAUUCAACUGUACUUUGUGUUAAACGUUUUGCAGUAAAUUCAUGUUCUUGGUGACAAGCUGGGAUUGUUCUUGUUUCAAAUAAAAUAUAUUUAUUGUA